AUGGCUCCGCUAUCGUCCAAGAAGCGCAAGGUUGAGGACGGCAUCCGUGGCAAGACCGAUCGACCCAAGAAACGUUUUCGCAAACAGCGGGAAUAUCACAGUUCUUCCGAAGAUGAAGCCGAGCAGGAAGAUAAGGGUUUCAAACCGGUCAGCUUAGAAGACAGUGACGAGGAAUCGGUACCCGCGAAAACCUUGGCACAAGUGAGAACCAAGAAAGCUGUGCCGGUUGCUACGAAGGACGAUUCCGAGGACGAGACCGAUGGAAAAGGUGAAGACGCAAAUUCAGACAAUGCUGCAAGCUCAGAUGAGGAUGGCGGAGAUGAAGAUGGUGUCUCCCGAAGAAAACACACGAGCAAACGCAACGACCCCGAAGCAUUUUCUACCUCGAUAUCAAAAAUCCUAUCCACCAAGCUCUCCCAAUCUGCCCGUAAAGACCCCGUCCUAUCACGGAGCAAAGACGCCGUCGACACGAGUGCCGCCCUCGCCAACGAACGAUUAGAGAAGAGGGCAAAAGCCAAGCUACGGGCUGAUCGCAGAGAAGAACUCGAGCGAGGCAGGGUGAAGGACGUUUUAGGCUUGAGUUCUGGACAGGCCGGCGACGUCGCCGAGGAAGAAAAGAGGCUACGGAAGAUUGCACAGCGAGGCGUGGUCAAGCUCUUCAAUGCUGUGCGCGCGGCGCAAGUGAAAGCUGAGCAGGCUGCUAAAGAGGAGCGCAAGAAGGGCACGAUAGGUAUGGCGAAUCGACAAGAGAAAGUGAAUGAAAUUAGCAAGCAAGGGUUUCUGGAACUGAUUGGGGGGAAGAAGAACAUGAAGAGCAGCACUCCCGUGUCAUGA